CCGCUCGCUUUUAAAGAAACAGAGACAAGAUGGCGGCAACAGCGGCAAUGAUGCCGAACUUUGGGCAGCAGAUUUCUUCUAAAAACGACCUGGUUCCGGACUGGACCAGUCAGGAAGUCAGCACUGGGACCACCAUCAUGGCUGUGGAGUAUGAAGGAGGAGUUGUGAUCGGGGCGGACUCUCGCACCACCACAGGAGCGUACAUCGCCAACAGAGUGACGGACAAACUGACUCCCAUCCAUGAGCGGAUCUUCUGCUGCAGGUCCGGGUCAGCCGCUGACACUCAGGCCAUCGCUGAGGUGGUCUCCUACCAGCUUGGCUUCCACAGCAUCGAGCUGGACGAGCCCCCCCUGGUGGAAACGGCUGCUAACCUGUUCAGAGCUAGCUGCUAUCGCUACCGAGAGGAGCUGAUGGCUGGGAUCCUGGUGGCAGGGUGGGACAGACGGAAGGGAGGACAGGUGUACUGUGUCCCUAUUGGAGGGAUGCUGGUGCGGCAGCCUGUGGCGGUGGGGGGAAGUGGAAGCUCCUACAUCUAUGGCUUCAUGGAUUCAAACUACAAACCAGCUCUGAGUAAGGAAGAGUGUCUGGAGCUCACAGCCUCAGCUCUGGCUCUGGCCAUGGAGAGGGACGGCUCCAGCGGCGGCGUCAUCAGGCUGGCCACCAUCUCUGAGGCGGGGGUGGAGCGCCGUGUCAUCCUGGGAAACCAGCUCCCCAAGUUCUCCACCCACUGAGGAGCUCGUCCGUCUGUUUGUGUCUGGUGUGUUAAUAAAGCUUUACAGGCCUC